AUGGCGAAUGGAGAAGAAAAUUCAACUGGAACAAGCACAGCAAUGACCAUAGAUCAUCAUCACCCAUUGUAUUUACAGCCCUGUGAUACUCCAGGUAGUUCCCUGAUCUCUAUUCAACUAACUGGAUCUGAAAACUAUGCAUUGUGGAGUAGAUCUAUGAAAAUAGGUCUAAUUGGUAAAAGUAAGCUAGGAUUUGUUGAUGGACGAUGUACUAAGGAUAAGUUUGAUCGAUCCUUGCAUGAGCUUUGGGAGAAGUGUAAUGCAAUAGUUCUGUCAUGGAUUAUGAAUGCUGAGGAAUAUGAUGCCUUGAUGCCCUGCCCUGGGUGUGACUGCACAGAAUCUAAGAGCUAUUUUGAACAUUUUGAGUACCAAAGGCUGCUGCAGUUUCUUAUGGGGCUAAAUGAAAUAUAUAGCCAACCUAGGAGUCAGAUAUUGAUGAUGAGCCUUGUUCCUACAGUUAAUAAAGCAUAUUCCAUGAUAGUCUCUGAAGAAAGCCAAAGAGCUUUGGGAAAGUUCACUCAGUCUAUAGACAUUGGAGAUGGAACAACAUUUUUCACCAACAAAGGCAUGAAUUCAGGGAACAAUUAUAAUCCCAGAAGAGGAAAUCUAUUCUGUGAUUAUUGCAACUAUAAAGGACACACAAGAGGCACUUGCUUCAAACUGCAUGGAUAUCCAGUUGAUUUCAAAAUGAGGAAGAAGACAACAGGCUUUCCUCAAAGACCUAUGGCCAAUGCAACCAUACAGGAAGAACAACAAUCAAUGACAAAGCAGGUGACCAAUACAACUACACAGGAGGCACAACAAGUGAUCAACACAUUUGCUGCAAAUGUAGCACAAGGAGGAAGGCCAAUCAUGUUUACUCAAGAGCAAUAUGAUCAAAUAUUGAAGCAGAUUAGUACAGGGACAGGUGAAAAUGCAAGCUUUGCAGGUACAUCUAAGACCUUUGUUACAAAUGAAAAGGUUAAAGAUGAGAAUUGGACAGUGGACUCUAGUGCAACCAACCACAUGGUUCACACCAGAGAGCUACUUGACAAGAUAAACACAAAUAUCCUAGGCAAUGCACCAAAGGUAUAUGUACUUGAUGGAACUUCACUUGAUGUUGAAUGUACCGGAGAGAGUAGAAUUGGUGAAAACAAUAUUGUUAAGAAUGUUUUUGGGACGGUGAAGGGGAUUGGUAAGGAAUUAGAAGGGUUGUACAACUUCCAGCAUCAGAAACAUGAAGCCAAGGCUGCAAAUACUCAAUUUGCUGUGACUGUGAAAGUAAUAAGAAGUGACAAUGGAUCUGAGUUUUUCAAUUCUAAAUGCCACAGUUUGUUUCAAUCUUAUGGAAUGAUUCACCAGAGUUCACGUUUUCACACCCCACAACAAAAUGGGGUAGUGGAAAAGAAACAAAGACACAUACUGGAAGUGGCUAGGACCAUCAGGUUGCAGGGUUAUUUGCCUCUAAAAUUUUGGGGAGAAUGUGUACAUGCAACCAUUUAUGUCAUAAAUAGGUUGCAUCUAUCAGUGUUGUUAGGAAAAUCAUCUUUUGAGAUGUUGUAUGGAAGAGUACCAUCUUUACAGCACUUGAGAACCAUAGGGUGUCUAUGCUUUGCUAAGGUUGUGGGAGAAAAAGAUAAAUUUGCAGCCAAAUCAGUUGGAGCUGUGUUGAUGGGAUAUUCAUUGUCCCAGAAGGGAUACAAACUGUAUACUAUUUUAACUAACUCUUUCUUUGUAAGCAGGGAUGUCAAAUUUAUGGAGCAUAUCUUUCCAUUUCAAGUACUUAAGGAAGGAAAGUUGCAGUUUUUUCCUAAUGGUGUAUUGCACUAUCCAGUCACUACUGACGCUAUUCCUAUGCAGAUCAACACACAAAAUGAUGAUGCAUCCCUUUCAGCAAUGCCACCUGUUGCAGACAACCACACUGCUGAUACACAACCUUCAUCACCACUUCCUUUAUUCUCUGAAGACACUCCAGCUCAGCAGUCACCUCUUUCAGAACAGGAUACACCUAUUCCUAUGGGUCCCCCAUUAAGGAAGUCAGGCAGGACCACUAAGGAGCUUGUAUGGCUGCAAGAUUAUGUCUGCAACGGUUUCUCAGUCAAGUAUCAGUCUUAUUUGUCCAAAAUCACCGGCAUUAGAGAGACUUUGAGUUAUGAGGAGGCUGCAUCAGAUCCCAAAUGGCUUGAUGCUAUGUAUCAGGAGUUGAAUGCACUCAAGGACAACAAGACUUGGACUCUGGUAGAUUUGCCAGCAGGGAAGACUCCUAUUGAAUGCAAGUGA